UCCUUCCCAAAGCAAGCAGAGAAAGCCUUUCUGUGUAAAAAUACGUUCUCUUAUUCUUUUUUUCAGCUGCUUUUUGUCGCUAAAAACAAUAUGGAAAUGGACCGCAGGUGACAAAGUUUCAUGGAAAUAUCUUUCUGGACUCUGAGGCCCAGUGUCAUCUUCAUAGCUACUACAUCAGAGAUACGCGUGAGUUGUGAGAAUGAACUGGGGAAUAUUCCAAGGUUUGCUCAGCGGAGUUAGCAAGUUCUCCACUGCGUUCGGCCGUAUCUGGUUAUCUGUUGUCUUCAUAUUUCGACUUCUAGUUUAUGUGGUGGCAGCAGAGCGAGUAUGGAGUGAUGAGCAAGGGGACUUUGACUGCAACACCAAGCAACCAGGAUGUACGAAUGUUUGCUAUGAUCACUAUUUCCCUGUCUCACAUAUUCGACUGUGGGCUCUUCAACUUAUUUUAGUCACCUGUCCAUCUCUCCUUGUAAUAAUGCAUGUUGCCUAUCGGGAGGACAAGGAAAGAAAAUACAGGGAGAAGUUGGGAGAGAACUGUGGAAGACUGUAUGUGGAUACAGGAAAGAAGAGAGGAGGUUUGUGGUGGACUUAUCUCAUCAGUCUCCUAGCAAAAGCCUUGGUGGAUUCUAUAUUCCUUUAUGUCUUUCAUCACAUCUAUGAGAAUUACACUCUUCCAAACGUUGUCAAGUGCACCAUUGACCCUUGUCCAAAUAUUGUUGACUGCUUUAUAUCCAGACCAACUGAAAAAAAUCUCUUCACUCUCUUUAUGGUGGUAACUACUGGUGUUUGCAUCUUACUCAACUUGUGCGAGAUGGGCUACUUGGUGUGUAAGAGAUGUCACGAGUGCCUUACCCACAAAAACAUGUCAGCCAAGGAGAAAGACAACAAUGUCAUAGUAUAUCUUCAAAGUCAGGAGAUCUUCCAUAACAUCAAUAAGAUGAAUGAGGAAAUGGACAGACUGCAUCCAUGCAUACUUGUGACACCACCGGAGACUAAAUUGUCUUGAGGAAGUCAAGUGACUGUCAAGACCACAUUUCUAACAUAAAUUACAAUAAUGAUUAUAAAUAACAACCUCAUCUCUUUUUUAAAUGGACUAUGCGCAAGGCAGAAUCAUAUUUGGCAGUGUUAAAAUUGCCUCUGGGGUGACAUUUUCUGCUUUCAUGCUUCCCAAGUGUCAUUUUAUUUUCCUUAAAGUUUAAAGGUUGUGCUCAUAAAGUGGAUAUCAAAUGUAAUUGCAAGGAUGACUUAAAACACUGAAAUGUCACAAUCAGUUGGGUAAAGGCUCAACCUUUAAGGGCAAUAUUGAAUAUUUUAUUACCAUAUGUAAUAUUUUCAUUUUGUUCCAAUAACCCAAACUCUUGUAAAACUCCAAGAAAGUCUUCACCUUGCUAAUCCGACCUGCAUAUUUUAAAUAACAGGAUAUUUCAAAGUAAAUAUGCUAUUGACAAUACUAGUAGAAAAACUUAAAAUACAGGUAUACAUUUUUCAAAAAAAAGAUCAGAACAAACAAUUCUUGCUGCCGAACAUUUAUAAACCUAUGUUUUCUAUUAUUUUUAAAUACAUAAAAACUAUUUUUUUACAUGGCAUGUUUGAAGCUUUAUAUAUCCUGUAAAUACGCAGGUUUCAAAGUAUAACAAACUUGUUUUAUUUAUUUGUUGCGGUGCAAUUAUUCUUAUGUAUCAUUUUGAAAAUAUAUUAGCAAUGUUUUGCAAGAAAUAAAUACAUACUUAUAAGACAUAAAUCUUUUGAAACAGCUAAUUAUGAAAAACCUGUAAUCAAAGGCUAUUUUAUAUACAUUACAUUAUCUACUAUGGUUUAUUUGCUCACUUGGAAUUUUCUAAUGUAAUUUAUACCGUGUGCACCCACUGUGUUGAUUUCUUUGUAAUACAGCUUUUUUAGUA